AUGGCAUUACAGAAGCUUUUGAAAAUAUUCAGCUUCAAGGAGCUUAAAAGAAAAUUUCCAAUUCUCCAGUGGUUACCAAGAUACAAAAAGUCCUUUUUGAUACAAGAUUUUAUUGCGGGAGUUAGUGUUGGAUUGACAGCAAUUCCACAAGGAAUGGCAAAUGCAGCGAUAGCAGGCUUAGCUGUGAGUUGUUUUGUUUAUACAAUCUUCGGGAGUUGCAAGGAUAUCACAAUUGGACCAACAUCGUUGUUGGCACUUCUGAUUCGAUCUACAGUUGACAAUUUGAAUGUAGAUUUUGCUAUUCUGAUCACGUUCUUAAGUGGUUGCAUCAUAUUUACUUUGGGAUUGUUUAACUUAGGUUUUCUUGUUCAAUUCAUUUCCGCACCAACGAUUACUGCUUUUAUCACAGCAGCAGCUCUCAUUAUAGGAAGUGGACAGGUGAGAUCUCUUUUCGGAAUCAAAAGCACAUCAUCUAGUGAAUUCAUAAACGUUUGGAUGAACGUGUUCACACAUUUGAAUGAGAUCAAAUGGACUGACACUUUACUGGGAAUAUUGUCAAUAAUACUUUUGUUUUCUAUUAAAAGUUUGAGUCGUUUUGAGUCGUGGCCAAAGUUUGGUAAAUUUCUCUCGCUAGCAAGAAACGCUUUGGUAGUCACAAUUGGCAUAAUAAUUGCUUACAUUUUCCAUCUAAACGGAAUUGCUCCAUUUCAACUGACGGGAGAUGUCGAAGAAGGUCUUCCGCCUUUACAACUUCCACCGUUUUCAACAAAAGUAAAUGAAAAAGUUUAUGAAUUCAGUGAAAUGAUAAAAGCAGUUGGUUCGUUAUUGGCAACAAUUCCAUUGGUUGCGAUACUUGAAAUGAUAGCAAUUGCUAAAGCUUUUAGCAAGGGAAAAACUGUUGAUGCAAGUCAGGAACUUAUUGCUUUGGGAAUGGUUAAUAUCGCAUCGUCUUUUGUGUCUUCAGUUCCUAUAACAAGUUCUCUUACUCGAAGUGCUGUGAACAAUGCUUCCGGUGUAAAAACAACAUUUGGCGGAAUCUUUACAGGAAUUCUCGUUAUGUUAGCUUUAGGAUUCUUAACAAAAACAUUUUACUUCAUUCCAAAGAGCGUUCUCUCAGCUGUUGUAAUUUCAGCGAUGAUUGCAAUGAUUGACAUUAAUGAAAUCAUCAAAAUUUACAAAACUAAAAGAAGCGACAUGAUUCCAUUUGUUGUGACAUUUUUAACGUCACUUUUGUUUGGUUUGGAAUUUGGAAUUGUUUCAGGGAUUAGUGUUAACAUUCUCUUUGUUAUUUACAACUCAUCACGACCUAAAAUAACAUUUGAAAAAGAAAAAAUCAAUAACCACGAAGUUCUCAUCGUCACUCCAUAUCAAAACUUAUUUUACUGCUCAGCUGAUUAUUUCAAAUCCGUUUUCAUUAAGUAUUUGAUGACACACGACUUUGAAGGUGAACUCAUAUUGAUAAAAGGUGAUUCAGUUGACGUCAUCGACUCAACUUCUGCAAAGAUGUUCGCGUCAAUUCCCACCGAUGUCGUAUUAUUUGAUAAGAAAAUCUGCUUUUGGAACUGGAAGACAGAAACCUUUAACAUUAUGAUGAGGCACAACCCAAAACUUUUUGUGUAUUUUAAGUCUGCAAAAACAUUGAAAGACCUUAUCGAAGAAAAUUAUGAAGUUUAG